UGGACCUGUGACCCGUGAACCUUGUACCGUAUGGUUACGCCGACAAGUUUUUCUUUUCGUCCUCAUCAUCGAUCUUACAAAUUGAAAUGUCUUCACGGAUCCAUCAUAUGAUGUGUACCCGACGCUGAUUGAGUCAUUAGCGCCACCUGGAGGAUUGCAGCAGAAAGACAUCAGAGGACCCUGGUCAGAGAUAGAUGUUGUAUAGCGUGACAACAGUAUAGACCAUCGCCAUGGCAGACAAGCUCCAGGCAGAGAUCACACAGGCAGAGGACACAUGGCAGAAGAACAAGAGAUACACAGUGUACAAAGUUGUGGUGACUGUUGGUGGGAAAAGCUGGUUCAUCUUCAGAAGGUACACAGAGUUCGAGAAAUUACACCAAAUGUUAAAGAAGAACUUUCCUGAUGUGUCAUUCAAACUUCCGGGCAAGAAACUUUUUGGAAACAACUUUGAUCCCAAUUUUAUCAAACACAGAAGAGAGGGUCUACAUGACUUUGUUCAGCAGCUGUGUGCUCAACCCAGAGUCCUUCAGCAUGCGGAAGUACGAACGUUUCUACAGCUGGACAACCCGAGAAACAAGAAUGGUUCUGGAGGGGACGAGGAAGCGUUAGAGAACAACGACGUUAACGGAGAGGACUCUGCUGACUACAAUCUUGGUCCUACUCACAAUCCAAAUGCAAGACCAUCUGAUUUUGACUUUCUUAAAGUUAUUGGAAAGGGUAGUUUUGGAAAGGUUUUGCUGGCCAGACACAAGACAGACAGUAACUUCUAUGCUGUUAAAGUACUGCAGAAGAAAGUCAUCAUGAAGAGAAACGAGGCCAAACAUAUCAUGGCAGAACGGAAUGUCCUGCUGAAAAACCUGAAGCACCCCUUCCUGGUGGGACUGCACUACUCCUUCCAGACACCAGACAAGCUGUAUUUUGUGUUGGACUAUGUCAAUGGGGGAGAGCUGUUCUUCCAUCUACAGAGGGAAAGGUACUUCCCUGAACCCAGAGCUCGUUUCUACGCGGCUGAGAUUGCAAGUGCCUUGGGGUACCUUCAUUCACUCAACAUUAUCUACAGAGAUUUGAAACCAGAAAAUAUUCUACUAGAUUCUCAGGGUCAUGUUGUUUUGACCGACUUUGGCCUGUGUAAAGAAGGAAUCGAAGCUUCAGCAACUACAUCCACCUUUUGUGGAACUCCCGAGUACCUUGCACCAGAAGUGCUGCGGAAACAGGCGUAUGACAGAUCAGUAGACUGGUGGUGUCUGGGUGCAGUGUUGUAUGAGAUGUUGUAUGGGUUGCCCCCAUUCUAUAGCCGGGACACUGCAGAAAUGUAUGAGAACAUCCUCUACAAACCUCUGAAACUCAGGACCAACAUUUCACCAGCUGCCAGGCACAUCCUGGAAGGGCUACUACAAAAGGAGAAAGAAGACAGGCUGGGCACUGGGGACAAAGACUUUGAAGAGGUGAAGACCCAUGCGUUCUUCAGCAGUCUGAGCUGGCAGGACCUGUUGGAGAGGAAGAUCCCUCCUCCUUAUAACCCAGAAGUGAGUGGCCAACUGGAUUUGAAGCACUUUGACCCCGAGUUUGUGCGUGAGCCAGUGCCUGGGUCUGUAGGGAAGUCUACCGGAGUGAUCAGUGCCAGCGUACAGGAGGCAGACGCUGCCUUCAUGGGCUUCUCAUACGCACCGCCCGCAGAGGAUGCCUUCGAGUAAAGGAAAAUGUCUUCAUCUCAAACUUAAGACAUUCCAUUUUUGACUUGGGGCGUUGUGUCAUAGUAAGUUCUUAAGGACAUUUAGAUAUGCCAUCAUUUUUCUGGAUUAACUUGCCAGAAGAGUCUAUUGUGCCAAUAUUUGAUAAUAAUAAUAAUAAUCGUUCAACAAUCAUAUCACCACAACAGUCCUCACUAGUAUAUGCAGGUGAUUUUAGUUUGGUUAUUAGGUACAUUUUUUUAAUCACAGUGCAAAUAAUUUGGAACUUUUAAAUUAAACAAUUUGCAUGCAUGGUUAUGUAAAUUGUUUGCUCACUUGCAUAAUUAAUGCUACUGAACACUGAGGUGAAAUUUAUCUCAGAGACUAUAUUAUUAUAGUAUGUACAUGGAAUUCAUAACUCUGAUAACAGAACUUAAAUGUGCAACAUCACAAAUAAUAAGAUGAUUUUUAUGUUUAGAUAUCUGUGGCAGAUACUGACAACAUUGAUGUCAUAAGUGUCAUUUUGGCAUCAGAGGGAGAUAGCAAGAAAAUUGAUUGCUUUAUGAUUGAUUCCUUUUUAACACUUUUCCCAUCUGAUGGGGCAAUAAGACAAUUUUUUAAUUGCUAGAGAUUUCUUGUUUAUUAGUGCCAUAUUGCAUACUACAUACUGUCGAACAAUGUAUGCAAAACCCAGACUUGUUGUGCUACUUAAAUUGCAAUGGACUGACUCAGUACAUAAUGUAUAAUUAUCAUUUCUACAGUAAUCAUUAGAUGUACAGAAUGAUACAGUAGGUCAAAGGAUAAAGCAUAGCUGAUAUACAAUGUCAUGUAGCUGAUAUAGGCUUAUUGUUAAAGGCUGAGGGCUAAGAGAUACAUUGUGUAUUAUCUUUUCAAACUGAUUGAACUGAAGAUACUGAAAAAGUUAAAUUAGCUCUUCUUAAAUUAGCUCUCCUAUCAGUUCAAGAAGAAAUGAAAAUAUGGAUCUGAUUGCUAAGAAUGAUAAACACUUCAAAAUUAGCAUCUCUUUUAGCUUUGAUAUGAUUAAUAUUUUUAUAAAAGUGUCUUUGCUAGGAAAUAGAAUAGUCUUGGCCCUUAAAUAUAGAAAGCUUUAAAUGUACAGUGAUCUUUUUUCAAACAUGAGCUCAAACCAGAUCUGAAAUGUAACAUAUCAGAUACAUGUAUAUGGGGUAUUUGCCAUCACAUGAACAUGAUAAUCAACCAUUACAACCAACAUUGCAGACAACUAAAAAACAUGUAGUUAUGAUGUGAGAAAUCUUGAUUUCCUUCUACCUCAGUAUAGCUGCUUUUGUCCCUGUGUAUUGAUUAUGAAGAAUUCCCCAUUUAAAAUGCAUCGCCUGUAUAUUCUUUAUGACUGGAUGCCAUAUUGAAUCCACCAUAUUGGAUCCCAUUAUACGGUAUCCACCAUACUGGAUCCAACAUGGCAGCUGCAGCUUUCAUAAGCUGUGAUGUCUCUUGGAAACACCCUAUACUCAACUUUUGAAGAAAACACAUGGUUUCUCAACAGGCUUUUAAACCAACUGAAGUUAAAGUGAGUUACCACAGUUUUUGCUUUUGGUUUUGUUAAAAUCAGCUACAUUCUAGCUUUGCCUAUUGCAAAUAGGGGAAAACUUUGUAACUAUGUAGAAGAGGUCAGGUUUCAUAAUUAUGAAUGUUAAGUUCUCAAAAUCCCAUCUCCUCAAUCCUCAUCAAUUUAGUAACAGAUAGAUGUACAUGUAUAUAGUCAAGGCAGUUUGAUGAUAUAAAGUUUUGUCACAUGUAUUGAGGUAAUCUCAAUCAGCUAGACGAAUUUCACACCAUGACAAAUUAUCAGUGGUAAGAAUACUUAUGAAAUGAUUUCUACCAGUAAUUACUUAAUACUGUAUAUUUCAUUUGUUAUGAUCUUUUUAGUUUUCUGUCUGCAUGUCAUAUAUCUUAGUACUUGCAGGUUGAGUUUUAGAUUUAGUUUGGAACUUCACAGUCAAUGUCGGGCUGGUGCCAGUCGUUGUGUGAUAGGUUUAUUACAGGGCAUUCUUGGUA